AAUGGGAAAAUGAUCAUCAAUGUUUUGGUGAAUUCUCCAAAAGGGAGUGUGUUCCUUGAAUCUCAUGAUGCUAGUGACUCUUCUACUGACUCUAAUAAGAUAUGAACUUGUUUGAGAAGACUAUCUUGAAAAUAGGCAAGGAAAAUGUGGUACAAGUUGUGACUGAUAAUGUAAGUGAGAACAAAAAAGCGGGUGAAAUGUUGAAGGGAGUGUUCCCGCAUAUUUUCUGGACUCCUUGUGCUGCUCACUGUAUCAACUUGAUGUUUGGUGACAUUUUCAAAGAGGCCCCGUAUUCUACAGCUGGACAUAUUUUGAACCCGGGGCUCUAUUAUAAAAAUAAUGAGAUGAAGACUUUAACUGAAGAAGUGUGGUUGGGAUAUCAUGCAUGUGUUGAGAGGAUGAUCCUAGAUAAAACUUUGCAAGACAAAAUAGGGGAUGAGCUUGGUGUGUACAUGAAAGCUCAUGGGCUACUUGGAAUUGAGUCGGCCAUUAGAGCUAGAACCUUAAGGUCACCAGGUGAGCAUUUCAACAUUUAACUGUUAGAGCUUUAACUUUUAAGUUAUUAUAUAUUAACUU